AUGUCCGAAACUAUUGAAGGUAACGUUAAGAUUGACAGAAUUUCUCCAGGUGAUGGCUCUUCUUUCCCAAAGACUGGUGACUUGGUGACCAUUCACUACACCGGUACCUUGGAAAACGGUCAAAAAUUCGACUCUUCCGUCGACAGAGGUUCUCCAUUCCAGUGCAACAUUGGUGUUGGCCAAGUUAUCAAGGGCUGGGAUGCCGGUAUUCCUAAGCUUUCCAUUGGCGAAAAGGCCAGAUUGACCAUUCCAGGCCCAUAUGCUUACGGUCCUCGUGGUUUCCCAGGUUUGAUCCCACCAAACGCCACUCUGGUCUUUGACGUCGAACUCUUGAAGAUCAACUAA